AUGGACACUACGCUGAAGGAAGAACAUAAAUUAUUAGUGGUGGAUCGGAAGAUAUUUCGAAAGAUUUUGGGAACAAUCAAAGGAGAAUUUGGGAACUGGAGGGCCAAAUUCAAUAGAGAGAUAGAAGAACUAGUGUCUGCAACCUACGGGUCAUCGUCCAGCGGGUCGUCCAAGAUCUCGCUGGAAGAUGAAGUCGCCAAAGACCUAAAGAAGUUGGUCCGAAUGGUUGGAAUUGGCACAGACCGACAGAAAUGGCGUAUUUUGGUCUCAGAGGCCAAGUUCCACUUCGGGUCGCUGAACCAGCGAAGAGACGUACACCAAUCGGCAGGACGUAUCAAUCGUGGGACGCCCACAUUUAAAUCUCCAGCAGUGGGGAUAGCCAGGGAUUUUGGGAAAAGAACGCCGGAACAAGUUGAAGAACAAGAACAAAUAGGCUACGAGGCGCCGUUUCGCAGGGAGUUCAAUCCUAGAAGCAAAUUAUUGGUGGCACAGAAUUUUGGCAAAAGAAGCGACGACGAAGAGUGUAUAAGAAAACGGAGGGGGACGUUCAAACCCAAUUCAAAUAUUCUUAUCGCCCGGGGGUACGGGAAAAGGGCAGACUCCGAUGAAGUGCUCGGCAUGGACAACUUCUGGGAGACCCUGGAAUCUUCGCCAGAGGGUCUGAAUGGCGAGAAGACUCUUGAAAGCAUUCCCGUGGACUGGUUUGUGAAUGAGAUGCUGAACAACCCCGACUUCGCGCGGUCAGUGGUCCGCAAGUUCGUCGAUCUGAAUCAGGAUGGCUUGCUGUCAGCGGAGGAACUUCUAAGGAACGUGGUCUAAACUCAGUUCAUAUAAAUUUUACUACUCAAGUACCUAUAGUUUACGAUCAGUUAGUACCUAUACUUUAACAUUAAUCGCUUAAUUUAAACAAUUUAUGUUUACUUAGCGUUAUGGUACUGUGAUAUAAAAAAAGAACUCGAAAAUGAAAAAAAAAACAAAG